AUGAGAAGGCCAAGGCAAAACCUCAAGGGAAGCAUAACCCAAGAGGAAGACCUCGCAGAAUGGUAUACGCAGACCCUGACCAAGGGCAAAUUCAUUUCCUAUUAUGAUGUGCAAGGUAACAACAACAAAGCACAAUGUGGACCUGAACGAGGACUUACAAUCGUGCAGGUUGCUACAUUCUAG